ACGCAGAACGGCGUGCUGGCAGUGCAGACGCUGAGGAACAACAUCAUGGCGUCCACCGUGCUGGCGACCACCGCCAUCACCCUCACCUCCGUCAUCAGCGUCUUCGUGAGGCUCACCACCACCACCGCGUCCGCCUCCCUCUUCCUCUACGGCAACAAGUCCCCCGCCGCCUACACCAUCGAGUACUUCACCAUCUCCCUCUGCUUCAUCCUCGCCUUCCUCGGCAACGUCCAGUCCAUACGCUACUACGCCCACGCCAGCUUCCUAGUGACGACGGGUGAAGCCGGCGGUGUGCCGGCCGACUACGUGGCCCGUAGCUUGAACCGGGGGAGCUUCUUCUGGUCGCUGGGGCUCAGGGCCUUGUACCUGUCCUUCACUCUCUUCCUCUGGAUAUUUGGGCCGAUUCCGAUGCUGGCGAGCAGUGUGGCGACGUGCUGCCUCUUCUUCUUCUUGGACACCACCACCGAGUUCUUCCACGUCUCGGCCACCGUAAAGGAAGUUGGUGUUACAGAGGAAGUCUGA